CCUUCCAGUGCUAUUUAUACACGAAUUUCAAACCCCUGCCUAGCAGAUAAAGUAUUGAGCAGUAACCACUCUGAGGUGCCUCGAGAGAAUGCAAUCAACUCCCAGGAGCAGUUGACCAGCAAGUCCAAUCCAGCAGAAGGUUCCAAUGAUGCCUUUGUGGAAGUGGGCAUGCCCAGGAGCCCUUCACACUCAGCUAACAGCAGUGAACUAAAGCAGAUGCUGAAUAGCUCCUCCACACCCGUGGCUAAACGACAGACCUUGGAGUUACUACAGGGCACCAAGAAUACCCAUCGACAUACCUCAGACAGACUGCUUUCAGAUUCCGACUCCAGUGCCACCGAGGGCAGUGCCACCGACAAGCGAGCCCCUGGGAGUGAGCGAGCUGCGGAGAGAGCCGCUGCUGCCCAGCAGAACUCUGAGCGACUGCGUCUUGCUCCACAGUCGGCAUAUGCCAACAUUCAGGCUUUUGACUACGAGCAGAAGAAGCUGCUGGCAACCAAAGGUAUGUGGUAG